AUUGCGUGAACAAUAAGCGAUGUCUACAGCUCCGAACGUGGACGAGACGGCGUGCGCUGAAGGGAGCAAAGAAUGCAGCGUUGCAGUGCACCAACCUGCUAGAGACAACACGAACAGUGUAGAUACGCAUAAUUUAAAGAAGACAGAGAAAGGAGACGGAGAAUGGAACGCAGAGGACGACGACAGGUUGUUUAAUGCUGUAGAGCAGUAUUAUACAGUUAUAGGCAUGCAGAUAGAGUGGAACGAGGUAGCCAAGCUUGUGUCUGGACGCUCAGCAAGCGAGUGUGAGUCCCGCUGGUUGUGGUGCAGGGCAGAUGUGCAGUCAUGGACGGAAGAGGACGACCAGAGACUGAGACAGGCGGUCUUGACGCACGGUGAGACGGAGAAGGCGUGGAGAGAUGCCGGCGAGAAGCGAAACUGGACAAAUUGUCGUUUUCGUUGGCAACAAUAUUUACAUCCGGAUUUGAGAGGCGCGUCGUUCAGUGAGGAGGAGGAUAGGAUUCUUGUGAAGUCUGUGGAAGAGUUGGAUGGACGUUGGAAGGAUGUAGUGACGCGGUUACCAGGGAGAAGUAAGUAUGGAAUUGAAGAUCACUGGAAUGUGAAUGUGAGACCUCGCGUACCAGAUGGCAGGAAAACUGCAGAUCCAAUUCUUGAGGAUAGUAGUGUGAUAGAGUAUUGCUUACAGGAAGAAAGUACAACAAACAGUGAGUCACAAGCAUUAGUUAGUGAUAUGACAGAGACUGAGGUAUCUCAACUUCCAUCAACAGUCAGUAGUGAGAGUAAUCAGACAAGUCAUGAGGAUGUUGAUAGUGAUGUGUGUGAGAGGAAACAAGAAUGUCUGGAAGACAAUUCUAUUGACUCUAAAGCUACUAGUGAUGCAUCUCAUUCAACUGUGUCAGUGGGUCAUGAUGCUGCUGUGCCAACACCGACUUUGAAAGAAAGAGAGGGAACUGAAAUGGUAGCUAUAAAAAGCAGAACAAAUGAAACAGGACAGACAUUGGCAUCACUCGAUCUAUGUGAAGUCGAGGAGACGAGUAGCAGUAAAGAAGAUGUGAUCAAUCAACCAGGAAAGGCUCCUAAUGGCACAAACGGAGAGAACAAAAAGGAAAGCCUUACAGCAGUUGACUCUGUGACAACGACUGCAUCUGGUAUACCACAGGUAGUUGUGUCCAGUUCAGAAAAUACUACAACACAGCUGCAUGUGUCUCCAGCCAUCACUGCGGUGUCUCAAAUCACAGGAUCAAAAUCAAGCAUUUCAACUAGUACUGGUGCAAUAACUGGAUUGCUCCUAAGCCUGAAGUCAUCAGGUGGAGAACAAACAGCAGUUAGCCAACCUAAAAUUUAUCAGAAUAAAGUGCAGCCUGUUUCUCUUAGUACAUCAGUAUUUCCUACCCCUGUUGUCUACUGUAACCAAGGAUCAGUUGUAUCGAGUGCUACCAAGUUAUCAUCGUCAGUAAGCAAGCCAAUGGUGACUUCCUCGGUUACUGGUGUUCGGAAUGUGACUGUUAAUGGUCAGAAGUCACAUGGAAUAGCAACAGUCCACUUUAAACUUCCUGAUGGACAGUUCAUAAUGAGUCAAAGCCUAGUUAAAGCACCAACAGGGAUGUCUCAACCUUUCCUCCAGAGACCGCAAUCAUCUACCACUAAUAGUACAUCGGUAUUGCAACCAGCAAGGAUGAAUCAGUCAACAGUUCGACCUGCUUUAGCUUCAGUUAGUGCUGCUUCUGCUGGCAAAAUAGGUGAUCUGGCAAGGGUUAGAAAACCUCAAACGUCUGUUCCUGCAAGAGUAUCCUUAUGUCAGCCCGGUGAGAUGAAAUCAAAGAGUGGAUCAACAUCAGUUACUAAAGCAGGCAAUGCAGGCCGUCAAAUUCAAGUUACUUUGUCUGUCUGUCCACCUAAGACAGCAUUGGUGACAGUCACCACUUGGCCUGGCUCUGCAUUUUCAGCUGUUGCUAGUACACCAAAAGUAACGAGUUCUUUACCGGACAGAAGCUCAAACAUCAGCAUUUAUGGCAUUCCAGCUCAGAAUGCAAAGGGGACAUCCAUGCCAUCAAACCAACAGCAGGUGAGAACUCAGCACCAAAGUGGUACUUUAAAUUCCCAUUCACUAAAAAUUGACACCCAGAGACAAGCCUCUGUUCCUGUUAUGUUUCAAAGUCAUGCAACAGUGUGUACUCCCGUGACUGUUGCCACCCAGCAGAAUGGUUCAAAGUCACUGCAAACACGACCAAAUGUGAUUAAUAAGCAACAACAGGUCACACAAGGACAAAGCAGACCAGCGUUUACUGCCACAAGGUUGGAAUCAAGUGGAGCAACAUCUUCAGUGCGAGCUGCUCUUACUGCAGCAACAACACAGCAGAAUCGAGAGGUUAGAACCAUAUCAAAUGUUAUUAGUCCCAGUACAUCUUUAUCAGGGAAACCAGCAAGUGGCAAUCUUCCCCCACCACCAGCUCUAAUACACACACCUAAAACCAGUCUCUCAACGGUGUCUAAACGGGAUGUUAUUUCUACUUCAACGAGGAUGCCAUCUGUUGUGUCAUCAGGCUCAGAACUAGUAAUGUCAGCAUCCAUUGCUACAAGUGCACAGCAGCAAACCAUACUUUACAAUGUUGGAGGCAAAAAGCUGGGUAAUUUAAAUCCAUUAGGCAUUUCAGAGUCAAAGAGAAAUGAAGCUGGUCAGCAAAAGAAACGUAACGUUGACAAAGUUAGUUUACAGAAUGAUGGUGGAAUGAAGAGAGUGAAAAUAGUGACUGGUAAGGCUGUUUCAAAUAAAGAUACUGAAGCCAGGCCACCUGGCAGGAGAUCAUCCACACUGACACCUGAAGACAUUGCACUCAUGGAGAGAUUUGGUGAUUGGGAGGACUCUGCGUCAUCAGAGUCAGACAAUAAUAAAGGAGAGUCACAGCAGAGUAUUAGAGAUGAUCCUGAUUUUCGGCCAACUUCAAUUCGCUCCUUGAAGCAAAUAACGUCAGCUGAUGGAGAAUCUGAUGAUGAUGAUGAUGAUAAUCACCCCUCAAAGCGAAAGAAAGAUGGCCAGUCAACACCAAUAGACGAGAGCAGAAAUGGCUGUGAAAUGAUGGGUAGCUCUCCUGAGGAAGGUAGCACCAGUCCUGACAAACUGGGAAACCAAAGGAAACCAGCCAAGCAGUGUAGGCACUGUGGCAGUGCUCGUUUCUUUAGUCGUGGUGAAAACUUCAUAUACUGCACAGUCUGCAAGAGGAAAUUUAAACAGCAAGGAAUGAAAAGAAUUUCUAUAAUUUCAGAAGCUUCAUCGCCAGGUGAACGAUACCUGUCACCUAUGAGAGGUGCUUUGGCCCACUUGCAAACUGUUGGAAGAAGAGGUCGUGGUAGAGGCCACAGCCAUGUAGCAAUGGUAUCUCCAGUUCAACACAACAGCACUAGUUCACUGUCAGCACCUCGGCUUAGCUCUCAUCCAUUAUAUCCAAAAGUACAACCAUUGCCUCCUGAAAUUCCGAGAUAUAGCCCAGCACUUGCACCAUAUCAUGUGGAAGCAUUAUCAGCAGAACGACCAUUCAAACAUCCCGAACUUUGGUCAUUACAAGAAGUAACCGACUAUUUCAAAUCAACAGACUGUGCCCAAUAUGUUCAUCUUUUUGAGGACCAACAAAUUGAUGGGUAUGCAAUGACGCAGCUGAGUGAGAAGACCUUAGUUGACUACCUGGGCAUCAAGUUGGGUCCUGCUCUCAAGAUUUGCCGACAUGUACAGAUGCUGCAAGAAAUUUGGAUGAAUCCAGAUGACUACUAAUACACUUUCAGUAUUAUUUUGUUUGUCAAAUGUAAGGAGGCACGGCCAACUUUGAAUGUUUCUGGUCAAUUGAUUUUGAUAGGUAAUGCACAUGUGGACUGACUGACUGUGUUUAUGGACUUUACACAUACACAUGCAGUCAUGUAGAUAAGAAAUUAUUGUUAUGUGUUCA